GCUUCGUCACUUCGUCUGGCUGCUGGCGUCUCGAGUUGUACAAUGUGCAGAACUAAGCUCGUCAUAUGCGCGGCCUCUCUGUCGUGAAUAUUAUUUCGUGAGAUGAGAUGAAUCGAAGGCAGUCUUGGUUGAUCUUCCAGUGGAUUUCCGUCUCUCGACAUGCGUCUAUGUUCAUCGUUUUCAUGCUCGCCCGAGCACCUGGGCAAGAAUCGACUACGGCGCAUUGCCUGACGACGACCUCACCCCACCCAUCUCGUGAUUGUCUGUUCCUCAUGAAAGUUACGAUACGACAUGAUACCACAAGGCGCGAUCAAACGAUGCCAAACGCGAACGCGACCCCCCAAGCUAUGAGCACUAAGUCGAGGCGUGGCUUUGAUCAAAAUCAGAUAAGCAUAAGCGUACACACGUCGCUCCAGCAUCUGCUGGAGGGAAGUGGGCUGUAGCCUGUAGGAUACAGGCUGUGGAGAAACGGGGAGGGGUGACGCCUGUGGGCAUCUCGAAUAAGGCCAACGUGCUCAAGGAGAUAGACACCCGUUUUGCGUGUGGGGGGAGAGAGGGCUACGUUUCACCGUCCCUGGCGAUGCAUGGGGAAGCAAAACCAAGCUCUUUCUAUACUAGCCUUUAGCGCUAGUCUACGAUGCGUUGGUGGUUGGGCAGACAAGAAGAAGACAUUGGCAGGAUCG